UAUCAUCAUCAAAAUCUCGAAGCUAUACCAAUCCAAUUGAGUUAUUCUGCAAAAAUGGCCGCGUGGGAAACAUGGCAAGAUCUCUUCAGGGAGAGGGCCAACGCAGAGAUUCAGCAAAGCUUGUUCUUUUACCCAUUGGGAAACACCAGAAACCCCAUGGAAAUCACUUAUGCGAGCCUGUACCAUGAAGCCAAACAAAUCAGCCACACGAUCCAAAGCCUCAAGCAUUUCAAGCUUGGGCAUCCCGUUCUUUUGCACUGUGACGAUCAUCGGGAUUUAGUCUUAUGUUUUUGGUCUGUUCUGUUCGCCGGUGGCGUUCCCGUUCUCUCGUCACCCUUCAGCAACAUCGAGGAGGAGCGUCAAAAGUCGAUUCAGUCCUUGUCUACCCUGUUGGAGUCGCCCGUGUGUAUCACUAGAUCCAGAGCUCUGCCAUUGUUUGGUGAAACCCAUGGUUUAUAUAUGCAAACCAUCGAAAGGCUGCUUGAGAAAACAAAACAACCACCUCGUUCAGAUUCCAUAAUCGGCGAGACCACGGAGGAUGCCCCUGACAGCCCAUAUAUCCAAAAACAAGACGUGCCCAGCGCAGAGCCUAUGACAGAAGAUGAGAGAUUCAAUUUGAGCAACGGUGUUGAAACACAUAAUUCUCAUGGUGGAGAUUUGAUGAUGCUCAUGUUGACAUCGGGGAGUACUGGAAAUGCCAAAGCUGUCGAAUUUACCCAGGACCAAAUCAUGGCUGCAGUAUCUGGCAAGGCUUCCAUGCGCGAUCGGCCCCGAGAUAAACCGUUUCUGAACUGGAUUGGAAUGGAUCACGUCGCCGGUCUGAUUGAGAUUCACCUUCAGGCAAUGUGGUUAGGUGUUGGUCAAGUCCACGUCAGUGCUGUAGAUGUUAUCACAUCUCCCACGACAGGCUUCCUAGAUCUACUCAGCCGACACCAGGUAUCUUCCACGUUUGCCCCAAACUUUUUUCUUGCCAAAUUGGUAGCCACGAUUGAAACGCUUCAAACGGUGCCUGAAUGGGAUCUCUCGAGUCUGGUGUGCGUCACAUCGGGGGGUGAAGCAAACGAUAUCAAGAUCUGCAUUGCAGCGUCCAAAUUGUUCGCAAGGUUUGGCGCUCCACAGGGCGUGCUCAUGGUCGGUUUUGGAAUGACAGAGACGUGCGCUGGGUCUAUCUACAAUACCGAUUGCCCUGAGUACGAUAUCUCCUGCGGCCACGAAGUAGCAUCUCUUGGAAAAUGUACGACUGGUGCAAAGAUGCGUAUCGUUACCCCUGGAGGAGAGCAGGCUGCGACUGGACAGUCAGGUGAUCUUGAAGUCAGCGGUCCGGCUGUUUUCAAACGUUACUAUCGAAAUCCGACGGCUACAGCUGAGUCUUUCACGUCUGAUGGUUGGUUCCGGACUGGCGACCGCGGACUCAUUGACGUGCACGGCAAUCUUAGCCUCUUGGGACGUACCAAGGAAGUCAUCAACAUCAACGGUGUAAAAAUUGUUGCAUCAGACGUACAGACCGCGAUUGAAAAUGUGCUGGGCGAUCUAGUUACGCGAUUGGUGGUUUUUCCCACCAAAGCCCUACACACUGAGCAGGUGACUGUGGCAUACAUACCCAAGCUUUUCCCAAUUCCUGAUGAGGAUAUGGCCGGAAUCUCAAAGCUCGUGACACAAGCCUGCUUGAUACGUACAUCGACUAAGCCAAUAGUGUUCGCGAUUCUAGAGGAGUCAAUACCCAUCGUGCCCAUGUCUACUCUGGGAAAGAUUUCCAGACUCAAGAUGACGCGCCUCUUCGAGGAUGGGAAAUUUGCUGCCGACUUCGAAGCUCACCAACAGGCGAUGAGGCGCGCCUCAGAGGCAGCGAAGAGCGGCGACCGCAACGAUUUGGAUCCCAAAAACAAAAUGGAGGCCAAGCUACUCGAGCAUAUCGCCGAAGUUCUUGAGGCGACCCCAGACAUGCUUGACAUCCACCCCGAGGCCUCUCUGUUCGAUAUUGGUUUUACCUCAAUGCACGUCAUCAAGCUCAAAUGGAUCAUUGAUAAAUAUCUGGGGGUCGAUGUACCCGUCAUUCUCAUUAUGAGGAACCCCACGAUUCGUUCCCUGGCCGUUGACAUCGAAGCACACCUGCAGCGUUCCAAAGAUGUGACAGACCAGCCGGCAACCAGAGACACGUACGACCCUGUCGUUGUAUUUCGUCCUGACGGCUCCAAAACUCCACUGUGGCUGUUUCAUCCCGGCGUGGGAGAGGUGUUGGUCUUUAUUGGCCUGGCGCAAUGUCUUGCGACAGACGACCGGCCCGUAUACGCAUUGCGCGCAGCCGGAUUCGAGCCUGGUCACAAGCGAUUCGAAAGUAUCAAGCAGGCUGUGGACGUCUACACGGCCGCGAUACGGAAACGCCAGCCGCACGGUCCCUACGCAAUGGCGGGCUAUAGCUACGGCACGAUGCUGGCGUUCGAGACAGCGAAGGUGCUGGGAGCGGCCGGCGAGGAAGUUCGUUUCCUAGGCUCGUUCAACUUGCCGCCUCACAUUAAGCAGCGAAUCUCCACCUUGGAAUGGAAUGUUUGUCUCCUGCACUUGAGUCACUUCCUCAGUUUAAUUACCGAAGACACUUCGGACAUGUAUGAGGUAGAUGGUGCAUAUAGGGAUUUAUCACGCACCGACGCGAUUCGAACAGUCUACGAUAUAGCGAAUAAAUCGCGCUGGGAUGAGCUCAGAUUGGAGACGGCCGCCCUAACGCGCUGGGUCGAUGUGGCGUUUGGGCUUCAGGCCAUGGCGAGCACCUACGACCCGUCCGGUGAGGUCAAGAACAUGGACGUUUUCCAUUGCAUACCACUGCGGGCUGUGGCCGAGUCUCGUGAGAUCUGGAUGAAGGAUCAUAUAAGCCGAUGGGCUGAGUUCGUCAAGGGGUCGCUCCAGUUUCACUCUGUUCAAGGCGAACACUACACUAUGAUUGAUGCUGACCACGUUAAUGGAUUUGCUCAGACACUUAUGAAGGUAUUGAAAGCGAGGGCGGUUUGA